CUGUCGCUCGCUGUGGCUUUGCUAGCAAGCAGGUCGCUUGUUGCCCAGCCGAAGCCAAAGAAGAGAAAGAAGUCGAAGAGGUCCAAGUUGCAAAGACCCGAGCAGCCAAAUCUGAGCCAGGAGCAGCAGGCGCAGCAGGACAUUGACGCCGUUUUGCGCGAUUUCGAGACCAACUACGUUCCGGAGAUAGACAAGUACAUUGAGGCCGUGGAGCAGGAAAUCGCCAAACCAGGCCCAUCCAAACGGAAAGGAAAGAAGUCUGCAAAGAAAUCGGACGUGUCCUAUAAACAGAAGUUUGAAUACCAGUAUCUGUACUUCAACGAGAGCUUGUUGAAGCUGUUGAUGAAACUGGACUCGGUGGAGAUCUACGACAACCAGGACCUCAGAGCCAAGCGCAAGCAGUGCAUCAAGACUAUCCAGAACUAUUUGAAGAAGCUGGACUCCUACAAGCCCGAAAUCGACAAGCUUACCAAAAAGGGUCUGUAA